UACCGACUCUCUCUCUCUCUCUUCUUCGUGUUCUUCUUUACUUGUUCGACUCAGAUCGGGUGAUCACGCUGCCAUUGGUUGAUCGGUCGUCCGGCGGGGAUGAAGAAGCGGCCGAGAACCAGCCUCGAUCAGGCGGUCGUUGAUAUCUGGCGGCGGGAGGUCGGCGGCCUCUCCGCUCGGAGCUUCGCUCGCCGGCUCGCCGCUUCCGAGGAUCUUGUGUUGAGGCUCGAUAUCUAUAAUAAGCUGGAGGGGCAUAGGGGAUGUGUCAACACCGUCAGUUUCAACUUCGAUGGUGACAUGGUAAUAUCAGGCUCGGAUGACCGGCACGUAAAGCUCUGGGAUUGGCAAACCGGGAAGGUCAAGCUGUCGUUCCAUUCGGGUCAUCAAAGCAAUGUCUUCCAAGCCGAGAUCAUGCCGUACACCGAUGAUAAGAGCAUUGUUACUUGUGCAGCUGAUGGACAGGCAAGGCAUGCUCAGAUUCUGGAGGGGGGACAAAUUGAGACAGUGUUGUUAGCCAAACAUCAGGGAAGGGCUCAUAAGUUGGCUAUAGAGCCUGGAAGUCCGCAUAUAGUUUACACAUGCGCUGAAGAUGGAUUAGUUCAACGUCUUGAUCUCAGGAGUAAAACUGCCACAGAACUUUUCACUUGCCAAGAAGUAUAUGGGACUCAUGUGGAAGUUGUUCAUUUGAAUGCAAUUGCAAUCGAUCCAAGGAACCCGAAUGUAUUUGCGAUUGGUGGGUCGGAUGAGUACGCUCGGGUAUAUGAUAUUCGCAAUUACAAGUGGAAUCGAGCACAUACUUUUGGUCGAUCUGCUAACUACUUUUCCCCUUCUCAUCUGAUUGGUGAUGCACAUGUGGGAAUAACGGGCUUAGCCUUCUCUGAUCAGAGUGAACUUCUCGUCUCUUACAAUGAUGAAUUCAUCUAUCUCUUCACCCAGGAGAUGGGACUGGGUCCUGAUCUUCUCUCUGCCUCUACCAAGUCCGUGGACAGUAAUUCCAGUGAAGUGGCAUCUCCCGCAGCUGUGAAUGCUGAAGGGAAUGUUACCCCUCAAGUCUACAAAGGGCACAGGAACUGUGAGACGGUGAAGGGCGUUGGCUUUUUUGGGCCUAAAUGUGAAUAUGUGGUGAGCGGGUCUGACUGUGGCCGCAUAUUCAUUUGGAAGACAAGAGGAGGACAGCUUAUCCGUGUUAUGGCAGCUGAUAAACAUGUUGUAAACUGUAUCAAGCCUCAUCCUCAUAUCCCAGCUCUGGUUAGUAGUGGAAUAGAAAAUGACAUCAAAAUCUGGACUCCAAGGGCUAUUGAAAGAGCUACUCUACCAGCGAACGUUGAACAGCUAAAACCGAAGGCUAGGGGGUGGAUGUACAGAAUAUUGCCCCCUCGGGACCUCUUGUCGCAGCUGUAUUCCCUGCAAAGCUGGCCAGCAAACGCGUCGGAGCGUGGUGGAGAGACUUCGUCUAACUCGGCUGCUGGGCAGGAACUCGUGGAACUCUUUUUCACACUGAGUGCUAACGAUGACGGUUCUUCGGAUGGUGGCGGUGAUUCUUCUGGUCCAUUCCUUUAGCUGAUCGAUGCGAUGGUGUUUAGAAGACGACUAAGCAACUGUACAUAAUGUAGGGCAAAAACGUUUAGCUUCCCCAUCUUCUCUCUUUUCCCUUCUUUUUCUUCUCUGGCUGUCUUCUCCUUCUCUUCAUGGAUAUGUUCAUCCACAUAAUUUGUUCAUGCUUUGUUUA